CAGUGCUGAUCUUACUGCUAUACUAAAACGAAAUUACUAUAGAAAUCUAGAAAUUAUAAAUUUCAUGGCUAAAAGUUGGUACUGAUAAAGUCAACUCGCUGACAAAAUUUUCACCGCCCCGGAUUCCUAAUAUUGAUUGACAUACAAGUUUACAAAUACAAGCCGCACGUUGUUCUGUAACCUUACUUUCCUAUAUUAUUUAAAUAAACUGAACGACACUCAAAAAUUAAAUCGAAUUGAAGGAAUAUUAAAAUAUUUCUACAGCCAUACUUAUAUUAAAUAUUUUAUAAAAAAUGAAUCUUUUACCGAAAUGUCAUGAAGAAUUUAGUAAAGAAGAUUAUUGGAAUACAUUUUUUAAAAAACGUGGGAAAAAAACUUUUGAAUGGUAUGGAGAAUAUCCUCAGCUUUGUGGACAAUUAUCGAAGUAUGUUAAAGUAAAGGAUGAGAUAUUAGUUGUUGGAUGUGGUAAUUCAAAACUCAGCAUGGAUCUAUAUGAUGUUGGGUAUAGAAGCAUUAAAAGUAUUGAUAUUUCGAAAAUUGUAAUUGACCAGAUGAGAGAACAAAAUAAAGUCGAUCGUCCAAAUUUAAUUUUUGAAAAAAUGGAUGCUACACAGAUGACUUAUUCUGAUGACACAUUUAGUGUUAUUAUUGACAAAGGAACAUUAGACGCUUUAAUGUCAAAUAACGAUGAAGAAACUUUGAGUAAAAUUGAUAAAUAUUUCAAUGAAAUUUCUCGAGUUUUACGAAAAGGAGGAAGAUACAUAUGUAUUUCGUUGUUACAAGAACAUAUUUUAAGAAAAGUAAUAUCUUACUUUACAUCUUCACAUUUUAUGUUUCGCAUAACGAGAUGUCAAGAUGCUGAAAUUAAAGCACAAGAAGAAGACGGCAGUUCUUUCCCUGUUUUUAUUGUUAUGGCAACUAAAUUUCCAGGAUUAUCUCAGCAGGUUUUGGAAUUAGCUUUGACAGGAGAUCACAUAUCAAAAGUUUCAAAUACUGAAGAACUUAUAAAUGCAAUUCUGGCUGUUCAGCAAUCAAAUAUUGUUUGUAAUAGACUUCAAAAAAGAAGUAUUGCUGAUGUUGGUGAAAUUACACUUGAUUUAUUUUCACCGGAAAAUGAUAAGCCGAGAUAUAUUAUUCACGUACUUGAUCGACCAAGAAGUAGUGGGAAAUCAUAUGCAGUAUUUUUAGUUCCUCAAGGAAGAGAUAGCGACUGGCUGUUUGGUACAAAAGAGGGUAGAAAAGAGUUUGCUGAGCUUAUGGAAAAAGAUCGAAUAGCGAUUGUUAUUCUGGGUAGAAAUCAUACUUUUAAAAAUUGGGAUGAAGUAAAAGAGGAAUUGAAUUACUCAGUGAAAAAUCUAGCACCUUCUGGGCUUCCAUCAAAUUCAACAAUUGCUUAUUUAUCACUUGGAGCCGACGUUGGUAAAUGUGAAAUUCUUCAUGAAGAAGAAAGUAAAGUAAAUGGUCGUAUUGCUAUUGAAGAUGUUUAUAGUGAUAAUCAUGAUUUAAAAUUUCGAAGACUAAUAUUUCUUAAAAACCAAUUUGUUAUACAAAGUGAUGCUAAAGUUAAAUCGAUAAAAACUAGACGAGGAAAAAUAAAAGAUAUAAUUGAUCAUGGAUAUUUAGCAUGUGAGCAUCAUGCAUUUAUGUCAAUUGGAGUGCAAGCGAUGAUUGGAAGUAAUACUAAAAGAAAUCAGUCUAAAGAAAUUCUUGUUAUUGGGUUAGGAGGUGGUGGCCUCUGUAUGUUUCUUUAUCGUUGUUUUCCUCAGUCUAAAAUAACUGCUAUAGAAAUAGAUGAAACAAUAUUGAAAAUUGCCAAAGAAUAUUUCAACUUUAUCAUAGAUGAAAGAUCUAAAGUUGAAAUCUGUGAUGGAAUAAAAUAUUUAGAAGAUGCCGCUAAAAAUGGAAAAAAAUUUGAUGCUAUACUUUUUGACGUAAGCACCAAUGAUAAACUAUUAGGAAUAAGCUGUCCGCCAAUAGAGUUUUUAAAACCUUCAGUUCUAUCUUCAGUAUCAAAAUGUCUUAAUAAAGAUGGUUUCUUUAUACUGAGUUUAGUAUGUCGUGAUAAAAAUUUACGACCAGAAAUUCUUAAUGAUUUAAAAAAAACAUUUUCUUCAAUAACGUCAAUAAAGAUCAAAGAUAUUAUUAACGAAAUUUUGUUUUGUACUGUAUCAAAAAAAAAUCCCGAUGAGUGGAAAAAUAUAUGGAACAAUGCAAAGGAAACUUUUAAGCAAACUUUAGAAAAAUCUAAGCUAUCAAUAAAAAAUGAUACUGAAACAUCAGAAUUUCUUCAACAUUUAACUAUUGAAUUGUAAUAGUUACCCACUUGUCAUUCUUUUAAUACUAAAAAGAAUAUUCUCGUUUGUAAAAAGUGAAUUUGAUAAUAUAUAUGUAUGUAUAUAUGUAAACAUUUUUUAUUUUAAUAAAAUGCAAAUAAAUUAAAUUUAA